UUGAACAAUCCCACCCCACGGCCCACGUUCACAUCUCAAACCAAAGAAACCUCCAUCCUUUCCCCCCAUAUUCACGAACACUCUUCAAUCGCGAAGACGGAGACGGAGGCGGAAGUCGGAUCGGAGGAGGUGGCAGUGGCGAUAAGGAUUCUUGCUGAAGUUUUAUCAUUAGAGGGCUCAAUUCUCGAUGUUGAAGUUUACAACUCUUUAAUUGAAGGCUACUGCAGGCCGAACAACUUUGAGAAAGUUAAACAAACUCUUGCAGUCAUGAUAGGGAAUAAUUUGAGCAUCUCGGUUUUUAGUUACAAUAAAAUGAUCAAGGGAGAACCAGAGGUCCCGAACAACAGCAACUCCUUCUCCCUCGGGCGACGUUCGAUCAAGUCUGAAGCCAAGAGACGAGCCGUCACCGACGAGCCUCCACCACUGGGAUUUUCGAGAAAGGCAGACAUAAAUCGCUGCACCCAUCUCGGGAAUUUUGAAAAGCCGAGUUUACAAAAUGUUCAGGAAUCAAUACGACACCGACGAGACGACGUGGUUGCCGGCGGGGCGGCUGUUCCAAGUGGAGUACGCGAUGGAGGUGGUGAAGCAGAAGAGUUCGAGACGAUGGAAGAAAAAACUGGAAAUUGGAGACUGUGGCUUAGCUAUUGCAAGGAAGUGUUUAUUCUGGAUUUUGUGUUUUUUCUGAGUCAUCGGGUGCUCAUUUUGCUAGUUGAAAUAAGUGCAGAUACUGAUGAUGAUGAUUCCCAAGUACCAAUAUACACUAGGGUCCCAUUAGGCAGUCGUGUAGCGGGUAACGGAAGAUCAUUCGUAGCCUCAGCCCCAUAUCAAAGGAUGCAAAUCAAUAUGGAAUUGGAAAUCCACAAUCUGGAGCAGAUAGCAUACUGCGCGGUUCUCCGGGCUUUUAAGGCACAAUCGGAUGCACUCACAUGGGAAAAAGAAGGUCUCAUAACAGAACUCCGGAAGGAACUAAGAGUCUCAGAUGAUGAGCACCGUGAACUACUUACUGAGGUCAAUGCUGAUGACCUCAUUCGCAGGAUCAGGGAGUGGAGAGAGGCGGGAGGGAGCCGAAAUGUGGCCUCCAAUGGUAUUAACAAUCAGCUACAGAGCCCAACAGUUUCUGCAUCUCGGAAAAGACAGAAGGCACCCCUAUCGGGAAAUCCAUUUGGCACACAGUCUCAACCUUUGCACACGCAGACGGUGAAUACUUCAGCUUCUAAACGGGGGCCUACUCCAGGGAUUGGAGGGCGAAGGACUAAUGCUCCAUCAUUCCCCCCAGCAAAACCUGUGCAAUAUCAGUUUACUGAUCAUAUUUCUUCUGGGGCUCCUGUGGAUGACCCUUCUGAAAGCGUGCGUGACUCGUUAGUUGGCCGGAAGGUGAUGAUAAGAUGGCCUGCAGACAAUAACUUCUAUGAGGCUCUCAUAACUGAAUACAAUCCAGUUGAUGGCCGACAUUCUUUGGUUUAUGAUAGCAAUACUCCUAAUGCAACAUUGGAAUGGGUUAAUAUCAAAGAGGUUCCACCAGAGGAUAUCCGGUGGGUGGGUGACGAUCCUGUCGCGUCUCGCUUGAGUGAGAUGGGUGGGCCUAACUCUGGAAGAGAGAGAUUGUCCUCAAUGAACCCAUUUCCCAAGGAAAUCAGGCCUCCAGUGAACGAUGCCAUAAGGGAGGAUUACGAGGAAAUUGAAAUAUUGCAUACUGACACCUUGAUAAAGAAGGUAGAGAAGGUGCUUGAUGCAACCCAUCCUGAUCUAUCAGAGAUUCACAAGGCUAAGAAGAUGCUUAAGGAACACGAACAAACACUGAUUCAAGUGAUCGAGAAGCUUGCGGCUGUAUGUGACAGUGAUGAUGAUGAUCGUCCAUCCGUGCAAGGACAUUCUGGUAGCAGACCACGUAACGUUGACUACCGUAAUCCGACCCAUGAGCCUGAUAGUGCUGGCAGGAUUACUGGCUGAAAGUCGAAUGCUGCAGAUAUUUCACCAAAUGAGUCUGUUGUCCAUAGAGAUUAGUGUGACCCCCUACUCUACCCCCAUCAUCUCCCUUAACUCCAAUUUCUAGUGUAACUUUUUUCUAAUAUGAUAUUGUGAUUAAUGAUGUCUGAUGAUUGACAGAGAUCGUUAGGAUCUUAAAUCCAUUUGCUACUUUCCCAUAUAUUGAAAACAGAUUUCUGUGCUCAGAUUUGGUUUUAAAUGUAAUUGAGUUAUAUUGUUCUUGUAUAUUGCUGAUUUAUGAUAUUGUGGCAUAGUACUUGUUGGUUAUCAGGAUGCUUUGUAUCGUCAGUUUGUUCGUUAAAUGCCUGUAAUUCUUGUAAGAAACAGAGUAUACUCUGAUAUGAAACACGGAAAUGUAGUCACAUCCUGCAGCAAAACCAUGGGUUUUUCGAACAUUUUUAGCACAGACAGCAUAUUUUUAUCAAAUCUUACAACGAGGAAAUAAAUUCCACAAUUACAUUCGCCAUCUGCUCAUCGUAUGCAGGGCCUUCCAUUUGAAAAUGGUUGACUCCCUCGAUUAAAUGAAUCUGGUUAUGGCCGGCAGCAUUUUUCAGCUUGCUCUCGAGCUGUUUGACACUCGUGAAACCAUCCCUUGUGCCCAUAACAAAUAGUUUGGGUUUUGGGGACUGCAGUACGGCUUUGUGGUGCCUCCCGAAAAGAAUGGAGGCGAUGAAUCCGAACGGGUAACCCAAGCUCACGUACCCGAUGACUUCAUCAAUCUUAUCAAGAGCAGAGCCCGCAAUAGGCGCACCAGCUGACGACCCAAUGAGGACAAUGCGACGGGCCGUGAGAUUUUGAGAAGCCCAUUUGCACACCGAAACGACGUCGUCGACCUCGGCAAAGCCCGUAAUCGAGGCCCGGCCGGUGGACCUGCCGACGCCCCGCAUGUCGAAGGUCAUGGCCGCGACCCCCCUCUCGGCCAACCGCCGGGCUAUGCCUCUCAUCAGACCCUGGCAUCCUCCGAGCACUGAGUACGGGUGCACCAGCACAGCCACCAAUUCGCCGGUUGGGUUCUCAGGCUCGGCGGCGGCGGCGGGUCUGUAGAUCCGGGCAUCCAGAGUGAUGCCCCCUUUCGACUCGAUUGUGCAGACCUCUCUAUCGCUGCUCAUCACUCUUGGGAUUAGAUGAAUUUGGAAGAGAAAUUGGAAGGGGAAAUGUAUGUGAAACUAAAUGAAUUUUUAGCAGAGAUGUUGAAAAA